CGUCCUUCCGAGACGCCGUAGUGCGGCGCCGCUAGCCUAUCUGCUAGCACUAUUAGCUUAGCACUCUUUUUAGGACGUAAUAAAACGAGUGUUUUCUAGCACCGUGUCUACUCAACGCCGCUUUCUACAAGGUGACAUGUUAUCUGACUGUUUUACCGCUUCAGCUCGGACCAUGUUUCCGACUCCAAGAUGACCACAAACUUAUGACCGACACUUAACCUCACUUUUAGCUGCUUCAGGUGACACCCAGGGAGACUCAUGCUUUCCGAUGAACUCGACUCCAAACCAGAGCUGCUGGUGCAGUUUGUCCAGAACGCGUCCAUCCCGCUGGUCCAGGGUUUGGAGGACCCCGAGCCCAAACACCCCUGCCUGCCGCUGCUGACCCCUGUCGGCGGCUCUCUGUGCGGACACCUGCACCUCACAGAUGGCGCGCUGAGCCCCCCACCAGAGAGUUCCUCGUCGCUGUCAGAGCUGGGGGUCGCGUCGGAACGGAGCCCGCUGGCGCUGCAGCAGACGCACGUCGCCCACCCGGGGGCCUCGCCCAGCCCGCCAGCCAUCCUCCAUGACCUGCAGCAGUCGGACGGCACCUCUUACGUCCUGCUCAACCUGGCCAAGGGCAUCACGGCCUCGGCAGAGUCGCUCAUCUUCGCCGCGGACGGAACUGGCGAUGACGAAGACGUCUCGUCGGGGGACUACGGCCUGGACGGCAGCGCUCCGUGGUAUCUGCGGGUACAGGAGCUGGCCCACGACAGCCUGAUCGCAGCCACGCGGGCGCAGCUGGCGCGGGACGCCAAGGCCAGUCAGGACGCCAGAGCGGCCACCGCCGCCAACGGCGACCACACGCACGGCUCGCUGUCGGAAGGCGACGAGCGAGAGGUGACGGCGCCGCCACCGGUGGUGCCGCCACCGUCGCCUCGGAGCGGGCGCCCCCUCGCCGCCAGGCAGAUCCUCCGCUGCUCUUUUGAGGGCUGCUGCAGGACCUUCACCUGGCCCGCUCACCUCAAGUAUCACCUCAAAACACACAGGAACGACCGCAUGUACUGCUGCGCGGCGGAGGGUUGCGGUAAGAGCUUCUACGUGCUGCAGCGUCUUCAGGUCCACAUGAGGACGCACAGCGGUGACAAGCCUUUUGUAUGCAAGGAGAACAACUGCGGAAAGAAGUUCACCACGGCCGGAAACCUCAAAAACCACAAACGCGUACACACCGGAGAAAAGCCUUUCGUGUGUGAAGCAGAUGGUUGUGGGCGCUCCUUUGCCGAAUAUUCCAGUCUGAGAAAACACAUGCUCGUACAUUCUGGUGAGAAGCCUCACCACUGUGGGAUCUGCGGGAAGACGUUCUCUCAGUCCGGAAGCAGGAACGUCCACAUAAAGAGACGUCACGGAGAGGAGGGCCUCGCAGCAGAAAGCAGGGAAACGGGAGAGGCUUUGACACGCAGCAGCCUUCUGGAGGCCGACGGUGACGACGGCAGUGGUGGCCUGGUCGCCAUGGCCACUGGUGUGGAGGCUGUCAAUCUCCAUCACGCCAUGCUCAGGUCACCAGGACCGGCAGAUUCUGUGAGCGUUCUCUCCCCUCCACACCAACUGGUCACCAUGACGACAGAGGGCGCCCCCUACGGAGACGUGGUGGCACUGCUGUAGAAACGAGUGGAAAUACAACUUGAGACUCUUGUACAUAUUCGAUAAGGAGGAUGAUGUUUUAUUUUUUUGAAUAGGUGUCAAAUGUUAACAUUUGUAUAAAGAAAAGUCCCAAAGAAGAUAUAAGACGGGUUUAUGAAAAAUAACAUUUUUUUGUUACCUCUGCAAACAUGUCAACGUUACACGCGCCUCCUCAUCGUCCUCUAUGAUGUAAGUGGAGGUUUUCAAAGUGAGCCAAGGUGGCGCCCAGAGCCCAACUUGCCUCCAUGUUGUUCACUUUCUUGCUCAACUAGCAACAAAACAAACGGACAACAAAAUUCAAAUGCCUUUUUGUAUUUAUUCAAAUAAAAAGCAAACAAAAACAAA